AUGUACGGCUCCGGAACGGCUCGGUCCGGCCUGGACGGCCAACCCACGCUCCUGGAAAAUUAUAUCGAGCGUGCUUGUAGCCCGAUGCUCAGCCAACCAAACAUGUCCCUCAAUCUGGAGAUUGCAGAUUUGAUCAACAUGAAGAAAGCCAAUACUCCCCGUGAAGCGGCAAUGGCUACUUUACAGCAUGUCAAUCGGAGGAAUACCCACGUUUCGAUGUUGGCCCUUCACCUCCUCGACAUCUUAGUCAAAAAUUGUGGUUAUCCCUUCCACCUGCAAGUCUCAACGAAAGAAUUUCUCAAUGAACUUGUUCGCCGCUUCCCAGAAAAGCCUCCAGUGUUCCCUCCACCACCGAUGCAGAAAAUCUUAGAGUUAAUCCACGAGUGGAAGUUGACGAUUUGUGUGACGAGCAAGCAUAAAGAGGAUUUGGUCCAUAUUCGUGACAUGCACCGCCUUCUUAGCUACAAAGGAUAUCGAUUUCCAGAUGUUGAUCGGCGGGCAGCUCAAGUGCUAAACGAGUCUGAUAGACUCAAAUCUGCGGAAGAACUUGAGGAAGAGGAUCGAGCGGCACAAUCUGCGAAACUCCAAGAGCUGAUCCGGCGAGGUACUCCUAAAGAUCUAGCCGCGGCGCAGGAGUUGAUGAAAAUUAUGGCGGGAGCGGAGCCGGACAAACAACCGGAUUAUCAAGCCCAGAUGCAAAAGGAAUUGGAUCGUGUGCAAUCGAGGGUGCUAUUGUUGAAUGAAUUGUUGAAUAACGCACAGCCAGGCGAAAAGUUUGUUGAGGGAGACGCGUUCGAUCAACUAUCCCAAAAAUGUAAACAGGUUCAACCUAAAUUGCAGAAGUGGAUUAAUGAAUCAGCUGACAAUCCGGACAUGAUGGAUCGAUUACUGCUCAUUAAUGAUUUGACCAACAAUGUUUUGGAGCGCUACAUUGCUUUCAAGGCUGGCGAUUUCACUGCUACAGCGGAAAUUAAUCCAGCGUUUGCUGGGAAGGAUACCGCUACGGCGAAGACUCGGGCCAAGGAAGUCAGCUUGAUUGAUUUCGAUGAUCCCGAUGAAGGCGCAUCACCUACAAACAAGACCGGCGGAAAUGUGAGCUUAGUAGAUGGUCUACUAGAUACCAUGUCGCUCUCAGAUCAGACAGCCCAGCCCGCCACUGGGGCCGGCGGAUUACCCAGCAAUUUGUUCUUCGAUGCUACGCCUAUUCACGGGACAAGUUCGACAACACUUCCAAACUCACAAGCUCGGAAUGACUUUUUCUCGCCUCAAAACUCUCACGCUUGGGGUGCCGGGAUUCCUUCAUCAUCUUCGUCAAUCACGCAGGGUAUAUCACCUCAUGCAACAGGGGCAAUCUCUCUCGGUGGACCCUCCGCCUCAUCAUCUUCAAACUUCAAUCAAGCAGCCCUUCUUUCCAACCCUACUGCUGCUUCGGCUCCUAAUCGCAUUAUCACCCCUUCAAAUCCCUCUAUUCCUCCCUCUACUCAACCCCAGCAUACCCAGCCAAACGCAACACCCGCUUCGAAACCGCCGGCCAAUGAUCCAUUUGCUGAUUUAGCUGGACUCUUUUGA